AAGGAUUUCCACUAAACAAAGUACCUAUAUAAGGCCAAGACCAUUGCAACAAUCAAAAUCACUCCACUUUUCUUUUCAACUUCACAGGAAACCACAAAUCAACAACCUUAAUAACAGCAAAAAAAACAACACACAGACAAAGAUUCUCUCUUCUUGGAGGGGUUAUUUGCUGUCCCCUCCAUAAAUUCGUCACCAAUUCUUGCAUUGGUGACGAAUUAAAAAAAAAAAAAAAAAAAAGCAAAUUCCACUUUCAUUUUUUCUGCAAUUUUCACACACUUUGUCAUACUUUCAUUUUUGGGUUCUGCAUAAAUAUGGCAAUAGAUGACAUGUAUGGGAGCAGUGAUGAAGAAUAUUAUAAUGGAGGGUACGAUGAUGAGUACGAGUCUGAUUAUGAUCGUGACCCUGAACCUGAAUCUGAUGAUGAUUUGGCCUGUGGCAAAGCUCCAUCAUGCAGGGUAAUCCGGAAAGAGUCCCUUUUAGCAGCGCAGAAAGAAGAUUUACAGCGUGUAGUAGACUUGCUUUCUCUGAAAGAACAUCAUGCACGAACCUUGCUUAUUCAUUAUCAAUGGGAUGUUGAUAAGGUCUUUGCAAUUUUUGUUGAAAGAGGGAAAGAAAAAUUGUAUGCAGAAGCUGGUGUAACACUAGAAGAGAAAGAUGAGAAUCCUGCCACCGACCCCUCAACUGAAUUUACAUGUGAAAUCUGCUUUGAAGAUUUCCCUGCUGAGCAAACAACGCUUAUGGAAUGUGAUCAUAGGUUUUGCAAUGAUUGUUGGACGGAGUAUUUCAUAGUAAAGAUAAAUGAUGGUAAGAGUAGACGUAUAACAUGCAUGGCUCAAAAGUGCAAAACAAUCUGUGAUGAAGGAAAGAUUAGGGAUUUGGUCACAACAAAGGAUCCUAAUUUGGCAGAAAAGUUCGAUCGUUUUAUCCUAGAAUCAUAUAUUGAGGACAAUAAGAGGGUUAAAUGGUGCCCUAGUGUUCCUCAUUGUGGCAAUGCAAUUCGUGUUGAGGAUGACGAGUACUGUGAAGUUGAGUGUGCAUGUGGUCAACAAUUCUGUUUUAAUUGCUUGUGUGAACUGCACUCACCGUGUUCAUGUGCUAUGUGGGACCUUUGGCUGAAGAAGUGUGACGAUGAAGCUCCAACUGUCACUUGGUUGUCAGAGAAAACCAAGCAUUGUCCAAAAUGUCAUAAGAUUGUGGAAAAGGAUGGAGGAUGUAACCUGGUAACCUGCAUGUGUGGACAGCCAUUUUGUUGGCUCUGUGGUGGAGCUACUGGACUUGAGCAUACUUGGAAUAGUAUAGCAGGUCAUACUUGUGGCAGAUACAAAGCAAGCCAUUUGAAAAGUGAGGAUAACGUAGAGGGCUAUUGGCGCCUUACUCACUAUUUUGGUCGCUAUAAGGCUCAUAUUGAUUCAUUGAAGAUCGAAGCAUCUGAAACGAAGCAAAAAAUACUUGAUAAAGUUUGUAGCCUUGAAGCAAAGGAAUUCCUCCAAUUAAAAGAUUUCAGCUGGGCAAUGAGUGGAUUUUAUAGACUGGGCCGAUCAAGGCGAGUUGUCGCCAAUUCUUAUCCAUUUGCAUACUACUAUUUCGGUGAUCUGUUUGCGAAUGAAAUAACGAAAGAGGAAAGAGGGAUAAAGCAGAACCUUUUUGAGGACCAGCAGCAGCAACUUGAAACAAAUAUUGAAAGACUUUCAAUGUUCUUGGAAGAGCCAUUUGCUAACUAUCCUGAAGAUAAGCUUGUGGAGACAAGAAUGAAAAUUAUUACUCUCUCCACAGUAACCGAUGACCUCUGCAAAAACUUGUACGAGUGCAUUGACAACGAUUUGCUGGUUCCUCUACAACAAACUACUCAUACGAUAGCUCGUUAUAGAUCCAAGGGUGUGGAGAAAGCAUCAGAACUAUAGAUUCAGAUAUACUCGUAAUGUAUCUUUACUAUAGAGAGCGAUCUCAAGUCUCAACGCAAGGCAUGGAAAACAAUGCAGGUUGCACUCCUUUUAUCCAUAUAUAGUUUAUCUGACUAAAGAAUUUUCAUAACUUGAAAUUGCCAUGCAGUGCUGAGUGAAAUUUGCAAGUUUUGAGCAUUUGGAUGGUGUCAUUUUUGUGAAAGAUGGUUCCCUAACUAGUUUAAUGAACAUUGGCAAGCAAUUGUAUUCUUAUUGUUAGUAUAGCUAGAUUGUAUUUUUCGGAGAAAAAGGUUUAAUAGAGGGUUAUAGUCACAUGAACAUAAAUCCUAUAGUUUUAGGAAGAGGACCAGAUAUAAGUUUUGCCAAUGUAUCAUGUAGAAUUAUCAGAACAAUGUGAUAGCUCAAAUAAGAGAACAAUUCUGUGUAUGUUUUACUGGACAAAUGAUUUGAUUAUCAACCAAUUCUAUUUUUUUAUGACUAAUUACUAA